ACCAAAACCCUUUUCUACAAACUAAAACCUUCUUUUCCUCCACCUCUUCCGAUAAUCGACGCCCAUUACAGUCGGAGCUCCAGGCGCUUCGACGACGGAGAUGGAGAAAUCUCUGGUGACUCUUGAUAAAGGAACCACCUGCUCCUCUUGGAAUUACUCCUCCCAGAGACUAGCCACCGGCUCCCUCGACGGAACUCUCACCAUCUUCGACUCCCCCCACCCUUCUUCCUCCUCUUUCUCCUCCACCUCUAAAUUCAAGGUUCACCACGCUUCCGGCAUUGUGAAAGUUGUUUGGGUUCCUCCGCAGUUCGGUCACGCCGUGGCGUGUGUUUGUGGCGAUGGAACGUUGUCUUUGUGGGAAGAGACUGUCGAAGAUGCACAACCACUUCAAUGGAAGCUGUGCAAAAGCUUUCCAAGUGAUUCAACUCAGCUGCUAGAUGUGCAAUUCGGAGGUUCAUCGUCGAGUUUGAAAAUGGUCACUGCAUAUUCGGACGGCAAUGUCAAACUCUAUGAACUACUUGAUCCCUUGGAAUUGAAGAACUGGCAGCUUCAGGCGGAAAUUCAUAAUGUUAUUGAUUCGGUGUCUACAACUGGGAAAGCUGUGUGCUUAUCUGCAUCUAUAUCAUGGAACCCAAGAGGAGGAGAAAGCCAGGAAACAAGCUUUGUUUUGGGUUUCAAUUCAGACACGCUACAACUUAAUUCCUCCAAGGUAUGGGAAUUUGAUCAAGCUCAUCAAAGAUGGCUCCCAGUUGCAGAGUUGGCUUCUCCUAAUGAGAAGGGUGAUCAGGUAUAUGCGGUUGCUUGGGCACCAAACAUCGGCAGGCCCUAUGAGGUGAUUGCUGUUGCCACUUACAAGGGUAUAUCAAUAUGGCAUCUUGGAUUGAACCCCGACUCAGAUGGAAGGCUCCUUACAGAGAAGGUCGCACAACUCUCUGGUCACAGAGGCGAGGUCUGGCAACUGGAGUGGGACAUGAGUGGAAUGACCUUGGCGUCUACUGGGAGCGACGGGGUAGUACGGUUGUGGCAGUCUAAUUUAAAUGGCAUUUGGCAUGAAGAAGCUACAUUGGAACCCACUUACUAGUCCUUUACUUCCUCCGCUGGUAUAUGCUAGAGUGGCAACUUCCUGUUUAUCUUGGAGGAGCAACCUAAAUUUCUAGAUCGAAGAUUAGUGAAAUCCACUUCGCACAUUUGUUCAAGUUAUUCAGUAUUGAAAGUGUGGUCAAUACUCUUGGUCUCGUCUCACAAUUAUCUGAUGAAUGCCGUAGGAAGUUUGGCAUGUCAUUUUCAAAAACCGUAGAAACAUUGAUGCUCUUAAAUGAUCCGUUACUUGCCGCC